AUGAAGACUCUGAUGCUGCUGGCCUGCAUCUGUGCACUGAGUGCUUGUUUCUCACUCAGUGAAGAUCGAAAAAAGCCAUGGAAAAUACAGCACAAAAAGAAUAAUGUCCAACAACAUACAUUAGACCGCCGAUUACAACUGUAUCCAAAAUUUCAACCUAACUGGAAUCUAUUAACUCAAAAGCACUUAAUUUUUGGUCCACACAAAUACCCAAAGCCUUCACAUCCAAACUGGAGAAAGCCAAAGCCAAAACCUCCCCGGCCAUCUAGGUGUCCAGCUAAAAAUAACACCGCGGUCAAUAAUAACACCUCAGGAGCUACCACUCAAAUCCCAUCUUUGAGUCCCACAUCUACUUCCAACAAAAUUACUAAAUCUCCAGGUGUGACUUCUCCUAUUCAGAAUACUACCCUCUUAUCUGUAGGGGGCAAUACCAAUGCGGGCUCUUCUGCAGCUACCCCAUCGCCACAACCUUCCCCAGCUUUGCCAGACACCACAGCUGCCCCACUGACAUCUUCCCCAACUCUGCCAGAGACUACAGCUGCCCCACCUACAUCUUCCAUAACUACAACAGCACCACAACCUUCCCCAGUUCCACUGGGCAGCACAGCUGCCCCAAACACCUCACCCAAUCCUUCCCCAACCACUCCUACACCUAAAACUUUCGAAACUACAAUUGCACCCACAACCCAAACUACCACUCCAGCCACUAUUCAAAAUACUACUGUUGAACAACCAACCUCACCUUCCAGCCAAAAUGCGAAUUCUCGAUUCUGGCGAUAUAUUUAUGAUAUAAUAAAGUACCUUUCUGGUACUACACCAAACAAAUAG